CGCAAAUGUUACCCUUCGUGAAGCCGGACGGAAGCAGGAAAGGCCUCAGGUUGCACUUCGACUCAUGCGCACGGCCUCUCCUGCGCUUCGUGAGGCCGUUGCGUUUGACACAUAUUUCCAGUUAUAGCACGGCAGGUGACGGGCAUGGCCCUUGUUAUACCCUCUUUCUUUAACCCACUGUUCUUAUCGCUACUUUAAAAGGCACCGUUCUCCUAGCCGGAGACAGUCGAAGCCUCACAAAGCUGUGUGGGGCGCCAUUUUGCAACGGAUACCUCGAUGGUCGGACGUGUUCCUAGAGAGUCCCUUUAUGCCCGGAUGUAGCUCCGCCCAGAGGGCGGGGAAAGCGAGUCGCUUUGGCGGGAGUUAGAAGGGACUUAAAUCGAGAGAGCGGCUGCGGUGCGGCCUGCACGAAGGCAUCCUGAAGGGAGCUUUGCUCGCGGACGGGCGCUAGUGACGCUGCAGACGGGUGAGAAAGGUCAAGAAUGCAGGCAUAUCUGAAGGGCCCAUCUUCAAUCAGCACGAAACCCUUGUCUUCUACCAAGGAAAGGGGAACAACUGCCACUGCAGGAGGCAGUGGAGAAAAGAAGAGGGUCAGGCCUGUGCCUUGGGUGGAAAAAUAUCGCCCAAAAUGUAUGGACGAAGUUGCAUUCCAAGAGGAGGUGGUUGCCAUGCUGAAGAAGUGCUUACAAGGAGCUGAUCUUCCCAAUCUCUUAUUCUAUGGCCCACCUGGAACUGGAAAAACAUCAACUAUUUUGGCAGCGGCAAGAGAACUCUAUGGGCUUGAGCUGUUCCGGCAACGAGUCCUUGAGCUGAAUGCAUCUGAUGAACGUGGAAUACAAGUUAUUCGAGAGAAAGUGAAGAGAUUUGCUCAGCUGACAGUGUCGGGAAGUCGCUCAGAUGGCAAGCCAUGCCCACCUUUUAAGAUUAUAAUCUUGGAUGAAGCCGAUUCUAUGACUUCAGCAGCCCAAGCAGCUUUAAGGCGUACCAUGGAAAGAGAGGCCAAAACUACACGCUUUUGUCUUAUAUGUAACUACAUCAGCAGGAUAAUUGAACCUAUAACAUCUCGAUGCUCUAAAUUUCGUUUCAAGCCUCUUUCAGACAAAAUCCAACGACAGAGACUUCUAGACAUUGCUGAAAAGGAGAAUGUGACAUUCAGCAAUGAGGCAGUCUCUCACCUUGUUCAUGUAUCAGAAGGAGACUUGAGAAAAGCAAUCACACUUCUUCAGAGUGCCACACGACUAACAGGUGGAAAAGAAGUCACUGAGAGAAUUAUCACUGAAAUUGCAGGGGUUAUCCCUAGAGAAACAUUGGAUGGACUGUUGGCUGCGUGUCAGAGUGGUUCAUUUGAAAAACUCGAAGUUGCAACAAAGACCCUGAUCAAUGAAGGUUAUGCAGCUACACAACUUAUAAGCCAACUUCAUGACAUCAUUGUUAACAGGGAAGACCUCAGUGACAAGCAGAAAUCCAUUAUUGCAGAGAAACUUGCUGAGGUAGAUAAAUGCUUGGCAGAUGGUUCUGAUGAGUUCUUACAGAUGAUCAGCCUCUGUGCAGUGGUCAUGCAGCAACUAGUUCAGAAUAACUAAACUGCAGGAUUAAAGAUUUCCAUUAUGUGCCUAGUAUAUAUUUGAUAAAUUUUGUUGAGUCAGAUCUUUGUGUACUACUUUUGUAAUAAAAAUACAAUGUUGAAGAAUUAA